AUGGAUCAGUGCAGUCGCCGCUACGAACGCCUCCUCGACUCCGUCGUCCUGAAACGUCGCCGGCGGCGUCGCAGAGCCAGCCAGGUCCUCCAAAGCCUACGCCACUUCACUGAAGCGGACGGCGUCGUGGCCCUAGCGUCGCUCAAGUGCGACGCGCCGAAGCUCGCCCAACUGGACGACUUCCUCGAUGACCUGGUCCUGGUGCUCCACAACUAUCUCUUCAGCUCCAACGAGCACGUUGUGCGCGUCGCACUCGACGUGGUCAGGAGUGCCGUGGCCCGCCGCUGCCACCGGCUCAAGCAGUGCAACCUGGAACACCUCCUGGGCUCUCUUCUGCGGACCUUGGUUGCCGCGCCGUCGCCCGCUGUCUUCUGCAUGGCCAGGGUGUCUCUGCAGGAGCUGCUGCGCGCAGAACCGGAACUCACGUCGUCCGCACUUGCGCAGUUGGUGCGCCGUUGCGAGGCUCGUCAGGUGGUCGAGAUCUACAUGCAGCUGAUCGCGUACGUGCUCACUUCCGAGGACCUCCUGCUGUCUGUGCUGGACCGCCUGGUGGCGCUGGCUGUGCGAGACCUGUGCCACGAUAACAUGGCGCAUCGCUUCUGCGCCUUUGAGGCAAUCUACGCGCUUCACUACAGGUACCUUAGUCGCCAAGACGUUCUCAGGUACGCCGAGCAGAUCUCGCUUCCAGGACCCCUGGUGGAAGCCCUGAAGCGGCGACUACGGCGACGCUACGUCCCUCCGCUGCGCGCCGACUCUCUCCGACCUCACAUGAUGGCCGAGCCGGACUUCGCCUGGAUCAGCCAGGGGCUCGGAGCGCGAAAAUCCCGUUUCGAAGACGCUGACCUGGGGUCCCGCCUCGGGGCUCCAAGCUGA